CUGAACUUGGUUGCCGCUUCCUGAGCCGCGGGGAUGGAGGCGUCGCGCUGCCGGCUCGGACCCCGCGGGGACAGUGCCUUUGAAGAUGAGACCAUGAAGCUUCGACAGCUGAAGCUUGAUAAUCAGAGAGCACUGCUGGAGAAGAAGCAGAGAAAAAAACGCCUUGAGCCACUCAUGGUACAGCCAAAUCCAGAAGCAAGGGUACGUCGAUCAAAGACAAGAGGUAGCGAGGAGCAAACUCCUUUGGUGGAAGCUCAUACCCCGCAGAACGAUGUCAUCCUACAAGGCAUUGAUGGUCCAGCGGCCUUCUUGAAGCCAGAUGCUCAAGAUUUGGAAACCAAGCUUCAUGUUCUCUCAGUAGGCGCUUCUGCUACAGAAGAGGAUACAGAAGGAAGUGUUGAUGGGGAAAGCACUUUGGAGACUGUGUCCAAGCCAGAUCUCCAGGAGAUUCUCCAAAAACAUGGUAUCUCAGGUAGUUUGAACUUCGAUGAAGAGGAGACCGAUGGAGAGGAAGAAGGGAAAAAAUUAUGUCAUUCACCAUAUUCAGAGGCAGAGAGACCCAAUUCUGCAUCCAGCCAGAAAUCAACCACAGAUGCGGGAGCUUCCGGUACUGCAGCCCAACAAACGGAUAACCAGCUGGGAGAAGUGGAGAACUUAGAGGACUUUGCAUAUAGUCCUGCCCCUCGGGGGAUUACAGUCAAGUGUCGGAUAACCAGGGAUAAAAAAGGAAUGGAUCGGGGUCUCUUCCCCACUUACUAUAUGCACUUGGAAAAGGAUGAAAAUCGGAAGAUAUUUCUUCUUGCAGGUAGGAAGCGGAAAAAGAGCAAAACAUCCAACUACCUUAUCUCCACUGAUCCAACAGAUUUAUCUCGUGAAGGGGCAAGUUAUAUUGGCAAACUCAGAUCCAACCUCAUGGGGACCAAGUUCACAGUUUAUGACCAUGGUGUCAGCCCAACCAAGGCCCAAGGUCUGGUAGAGAAGGCCCAUAUCCGGCAGGAGCUGGUAGCCAUCUGUUACGAAACAAAUGUACUUGGAUUUAAAGGUCCUAGGAAAAUGUCUGUCAUCAUUCCCGGGAUGAAUAUGAAUCAUGAACGGAUCCCCUUUCGGCCACGAAAUGACCAUGAGAGCUUGCUUUCCAAAUGGCAAAACAAAACCAUGGAGAACUUGAUUGAACUGCACAACAAGGCCCCAGUCUGGAACGAUGACACGCAGUCCUACGUCCUGAACUUCCAUGGCCGGGUCACUCAGGCAUCUGUGAAGAACUUUCAGAUAGUCCACGAGAAUGACCCUGACUACAUAGUCAUGCAGUUUGGACGUGUGGCAGACGAUGUGUUCACCCUGGACUACAACUACCCGCUGUGUGCACUUCAGGCCUUUGCCAUCGGGCUUUCUAGCUUUGACAGCAAACUGGCAUGUGAAUGAGAGAAACGGCAGGUGCCAAGCUUUCUCACUCAGAGCUUUCAGGAGCGGAUAUUGCCUCCUCUGCUUUUGCCCCAGGACAUGAAGAGCGACAGCCCACCCCUUGGGGAGCAAUCCCCGAAUGUAUGUAUAUGUUUAUACGUGCGUGUGUACAUGUAUUUAGGGGUAUAUGUACACACGCACGUAUGUACACACACACUCAACUUCUCUGGGUUUCACAGACCCGGUCAGGGAUCACAGCUUCACAUGGGUGAGACAUGGUUCAGAGCACAGAAGGUUCCUGUCCAGAGCACAUUGGUAACUCCUGAGGUGAUUGCCCAAAGAUUCUGUGCCUCAACAGUCAGAUUUCCUAUGCUUGGAAACUUGCAGCAAGAAUCACGUUCUAAUGAUUAAUUACCGGGGUCUUUUUUUGGAAGACCUUUUCAGAGUGGGAGAGUUCCCUAAAUUGCCUUUAGUCUUCAGGUCUGUAGACUUUUUCUGUAAAUGGCCAAGAGAGUCCCUCACAGCUGCUCAGCUCUGUUGUACCACAAACACAGCCAGGGCCAGUUCAGAAGCCAGUGAGUCUGGCUGUGUUCCAUUGAAACUUUAUUUAUAAAAACAGGCAGCAGGCCAGAUUUGGCCUGUGGGCUGGUUUGGGGGCCCUGGCUCCAGGGAUAUUUCUGUAAACGAUGGGCCUCGGCAUCUUCCAGAAUGGGCCCGUGGUCGUGACAUCAUAUGAGUGGGAAAUGGGUAUCUCUAGGAAGCAACAGUCCCACAGACUGGAUCCAAAAAGGUACUCGGCUACAUCCACAUAGCUUUUAUGUUGUUUUCUAUUUUUUAUUUAUUUUUAUUUCUUUUAAGUAAGCCUUACGUGCACUAUGGAGCUUAAACUCACGACCCUGAGAUCAAAAGUCACAUGCUCUACUGAUGAAGCCAGCCAGGAGUGCCUCUUACAGCUAUAUU